AUGACGGACCAGUCUCUGGUAUGUUGUUGUCAGAAGGAGAACCUUCUCCGGGCAGUGCGAAGUCUUCAGGUGGCAUCUCAGACCACUUUACAGAGAGCCGUGCCUCUCCUAUCCUCCCAAGAUGGACUUGGCCUCCUCGGACCCUCACAAAUACAUAAUCUCUCUGAAAAGUCUUCCCAAUUCUGUCGUGACCUGGAGGAUGUGGGGAAUCUGUUACUUUUUCGUCAGGAUGAGAUCACUCAAAAAAUCCUGAUUCCAAGCUGCGGUGGUUCCAGUUCUGUCCAUUGGUGUUCAGACAGUUCCUUCUAUGUAUGUGGAGCUAAUGGUCCAUAUAUUCACUUGAUAGCUUCUAAUGGAAAACCAGCCCAGGUUCUCCAUUGCUUUGAUGAAGGCAUUUUUCUUCCCGAUUGUAUUACUAUGACUCGUCAUUGCUCAGUAGCUACCACAGAUCUCGCUGAAGGUUUAGUACGCAUUUACAACCCUAACUCUCAGCCAUCUUGGGUGAAGGUGGGUGGAAAAUUUAUGUCUCCAAGAGGAAUUUCUCUAGACUCCACUGGCCGCAUCCUAGUAGCUGAAUAUGGGUCUGGCACAGUACAAGGUUUUCACGUGGAUCGUGCCUUUCGAGUCCAGGGGGUUCGACAAGUAUCUGGCCUUCGAGGACCAGUCUGUGUCUGCAGCACCCCAGAUGGGGGGUUUGCUGUGAGUGAGGAGUGUGGAGAUGUCAAAAUAUUCUCAAGCAACUUUAAACUAACUGGUUCUUUAUCCAAAACCUACCAACAUACUUUUGGAAACCCAGCUGGUAUAUGCUGUGACCCUGAGGGUAAUAUUCUGGUUGCUGACGAGCAGAAAAAAAAUGUCACCCUAUUUCCUCCAAAUGGCUCCCCUAUUUGUGUGGUAUCAAAGGGUCUUGCAAAACCAGCAGGAGUGGCAUGCUCCCAUUUUGGCUUUUUAUAUGUUGCUGAUUCUGGGGAUAACUGUGUCAAAAUGUAUAGGUAUCGGGUAAGGCCAUAUUAUAACCCCACCAGCCCUAGGGGUACUGGAGAGGUGACAGGUAAGGCCAUGUCAUAACCCUACCAGCUCUAGGAGAACUGGAGAGACUCCACAACAGCUGCCAGGAAGCUGAUUGAUACAUAAAAAAAGGAACCGUAAAGUGAUUGUGAUCAAAAUGCUUUGCUGUUCCCGUCCCUACCUAGAUUCAGCUCCCCCACUCAUGUAUUCAAUAAAAAUAAUAAAAUACAUCUAUUUACUCACUUUUUUCCAGCACCCUGACUCCCUCUCCACUGCUCACCUCACCACUUCCUGUAACAUCAUUGAUGAGGCAUAGUGUCCUCCCGUGUGGUCCAAUCUGAUACUCCUUAUAGAGGAUCUUUGGAUACCUAAUAUGCAUGCACAGAGAGCUCAACAUAUGUUUCUGUAUCACAUGAUUGAGUUUUUACGUAAAACAGCGUAACAGCCAAUGGAGGUGUGUAACCCUUCAAGGUAAUUAUUGUCGUUUUAGAAAAAUGGCAAUGUUUUACCUUGAGGAGUUACAUUGACAAGACUACUGCACCCAGACCUCUUCAUUAAGAUGUAGUGGCCUUCAACAAGAGUAUUUUGCAUCCGGUCAUAUAAAUAUAUUUAGAUCAUAUGCAGUUUUUGUAAUCCAGAAAGCCCCAUGAAUACUGUCUUAUAGGGACACUAUAGUCACCUGAGCAACGUUAGCUUAAUGAAGCAGUUUUGGUUUAUAGAACAUGCCCCUGCAGCCUCACUGCUCAAUCCUCUGCCAUUUAGGAGUUAAAUCCCUUUGUUUAUGAACUCUAGUCACACCUCCCUGCAUGUGACUUGCACAGCCUUCCAUAAACACUUCCUGUAAAGAGAGCCCUAUUUAGGCUUUCUUUAUUGCAAGUUCUGUUUAAUUAAGAUUUUCUUAUCCCCUGCUAUGUUAAUAGCUUGCUAGACCCUGCAAGAGCCUCCUGUAUGUGAUUAAAGUUCAAUUUAGAGAUUGAGAUACAAUUAUUUAAGGUAAAUUACAUCUGUUUGAAAGUGAAACCAGUUUUUUUUUUUCAUGCAGGCUCUGUCAAUCAUAGCCAGGGGAGGUGUGGCUAGGGCUGCAUAAACAGAAACAAAGUGAUUUAACUCCUAAAUGACAGUGAAUUGAGCAGUGAAAUUGCAGGGGAAUGAUCUAUACACUAAAACUGCUUUAUUUAGCUAAAGUAAUUUAGGUGACUAUAGUGUUCCUUUAUACAUAUACACAGUAAUUAGUUUUACUGGUUGUGCUAAUUUCUAUAUAUUCUCAUUCAUAUUAAUUUUAAGGUAGAACACAAUGUUUGUGUUAAGACUUGUACUCCAGGACCUGUGUGUAACAACAAUAAACUGGAAUAAUAUUUUACUGAAAAUGACCGCAAAUAGUUUUUCUACAUCAAUGGAGAGUCUCUAUCUCUUUUACACCUCUACCCACACGCCAAGCAGAUCGUGCUAUUUGUGUAUUUCUUCCCAGCAGGUAUUUUUCUCUGUUUCUAACCAGCUCUUCGUUCUGUUUCCCCAGCGAUAUUAAUUUUAUUUUAAUUCUCUCUUUCCUAGCCAACUUUUUUUUCGUUUUGCUUCUGUAAUUUUAUCUGUUUUUAUUGAUAUUGUUGGCAUUAAUAGGAAUCAUUAUGUGUCCGUAAAUUAUAAAUCAUUGACAGUCACGUACAACGUGUGUUAACCUUUGUGAUGUUCCAUAUUCUUAUAUUAAAGAUUGAGUAAUCGAUAUCAUAAUCCUUAGAGGGAAACUGUAAGAUAAAUAUUAACCUCUAUUUUUUUUAAUGUAUCAUAUAGAUCAGGGCUUAAAAUUUGUAGUCUUAUGCUACUAGAAGUAAAAUUUUGAACCUGAUAUAUAAUGUAUUAAAAAAUAUACAUUUAAAAAAAUUAAGCCUGACUCUCUAUAUAGGAAGGAGAGUAACCUGGACCUAAUUGACACUGGGCGGGCAGAAGUCAGUAUUCUAGCAAUCCUGAUUGACAGCUCUGAGAGGUUGUCUUAAUGAUUCUGUUAUUUUUUUACAAAUUGCUACAUUUGUAAGAGUAGCCUUAGGGUGCUUGAAGCCCCAUGACCUUUGUACUAAUGUAAAUUAGUGAUGGUGCUGAAAGUAACUCUUUUUUAUAAGAUUCUUUGAUGAUUCAAUCUCCCCUACACGAAGAAUAUAAUUCCAAUUAGAGUAUAAAUAUAAAACCCUAUUUACUAAAAGCCCGACUGCCCAGAGCUGCAGUAAAGUGUCGUUAACAUCUAUUUUCUUUGCUGUAUAGAGCUAAACCGGCAACAUUUAACCCAAUCAAAAGAAUUCCUCAGUGGGGUACAUACUGACACCAAGGGCAAUCACAAAACCAUACUCCGCUCCAAACAGAAGGUUUAAUGUGGAAAGGGUCCAGCACCCGCCCAGGAUCAACCCUGAAUAGGAGGUGGCACUGGAGCUACUUAACAGCUGGGUGGCCUAGUGAUAGGACAGUGCGGCAGGGAUCAGGAAGCCAGGCUAGGGAGGAGGUGAAAAGAGGCAGGUGGAGGUGACACUUCUGGGAGGAGGGAGGAACAGGAGCCACAAUCACUGCCAGGAAUAAUGAGUCAUAGAGAGAGGAGCCAUCAUUCCUCCUGGUGAGAAAAUUGCUCUAAUUGGUCCACUAAAGCUGAUAGCACUGGUGACAGGGCUGGUGAAAGAACCUCUACUACCCUCUGACACCAGGCCAAAUACAGCUUUGCAUUAAAUAGCCACCAUUCGCCGUUGCUGAGUGCUCUUGCCAAGAGGUUAAUGAUGGUGCACAACAUAAGAGACGGGGAGCAGAGGACUAUAUGUUACACAAUUAGUUGCCUGGCUGGCGUGUGACUAAGUAACUGGGGUUUGCUGGGCUCUGCUCUCCGCCUCCACUACUCAGACAUAGAGCUGUAAACUUUGUGUAUGACCUAGCCUGGCGGUGCAGGGCCUAGUUUAUUGGCCAGGAGUGAUUACGAUGCUCUCAGCCAAUAAACUGAUCCUGCACUGCAGAGCGUAGCUCAGGUGAGCAAACAGAAGCUCCUUCUUAGACGUUUUGCGCUCUCUUAUAGACGUACUACAGGCCGGCAGAGGGAUUCGGUGGACCCCAGGGCAAAAGUAAAAAGUUCUGACUAAUUUCAGAUGACACCAGGGUGCUGCUUGUACCAUAACCACUACAGUGCUCUUAUGGUGCUUGGAGUAUUUCUUUAAAGUGUGUCUAACUUGCACGCUGCCUUGAAAUAAGCAUAGUGCAAAUUCAUAACGAUAAAAACAAAGAACAAUAGAGCACCAGAAAAUGAUUGAUUUAAAAGGAAAACCUGUGCAAAAACAGGGGAGGUGUUUUUCUAAUUUAUUUUUUUGGCCUACAUUCACAUCUUCAAAGCAGUAGAAAACAGACAUUGAAGUCUAGUAAUGUCACCAUAAUCACCAUUAGAGUGUCACUGCAUGGUGAGCUGGGAGGUUGAGAUAUCAAGACUAUCUUUAAACACACAGUGUGCCUCGGCAGAACACAUGGGAGUGUGUUUUCCUAUCUGAAACCCUGACCUGCUGCUGUAAGUGACAUACAAGAAAACGUGUACACUUCUCUAUCAGUAAGUAUCUACAUAUUCAUUGCUAACAUAUAAAUGUAACAUAUAAAAUAAUCAGAAAGGAUCUAGGAUCCAGGUUCUAUUUAACAUACCAGGCAGAAUGUCUGAUUUUUGUUAGUUUGUUUUUUUUUGUAAAUUUUCCAAGUCAGCUAAUACUCCUGCUCAGGAAUUUAGGCUGAAAUGUGCAAUUCCUUUCAAAUCUCCACUAACAAAACAGUGAAUUAUAAUGAAUUGAAAAUUAAAAUUCACCAAUCUGGAUAAACUAGGCAAUGUAUGAGAAUAGGGGAGUUGGCAAAUUUUUCCAAGUUAUUUUUAGCAAUUUAGUCCUGGUUUAGUGACUAAACUUGCAUAUGCCGUUGAUUUGACAUGUUUUAAAGGACCACUAAAGACAUGCAGACCACUUAAUCUCACAUUAGAAGUACAGGUUACCACAGCCGGGUGAUCCCCCACAAUAAUAAAAAAAAAAAAAAAGAUAUUUAGGUCUUUGUUAGAUCAGGUUAGAUCAAUUGUUGUUUGUGUGAGAUCUACCAUAGAAGAAGCAGUAUAAACAAUUAUUUGCUGGGCAGGUGGGUUGGACAAAAAGCUAGCUAUUUUAGUAAAUAUUUGUUAAAUAAGAUAUUAGAUCAGCUAUUAUAUUAUCAAUAUUAAUAUUAGAUCACUAUCAAUAUUGGAUCAAUAUUUGUUAGAUAAGAUAUGAUGAGCUAAAAGAAUAACUAAUACUGCGCAUACUGUAGUUUAUAUCAGUAAUUUAGAAUUAUUAAUGUAAAUGUUAAUUUAAUCUAACACUGCACCUGUUUACUGCAAAAUAGAAAACUAUCAGCUGUUUCCAUAUUAUAAUUGAUGAACACUAUUGGUUUUAUAUCUACCAGCAAAAACAGUCCUGGUUUGAGGGGACACUCACUGUUGGUUUGGGGGUCUGCCAGGGGUGUAGUAUAUGUCUGCAUGGGGUAUAGGGGCUGUAAUGUAUAUUUGGUGUUGGGUGGGGGGCACACACCACAAGUUCCCUAGGCCCCCUCGAGGUUACAGGGGGCUUACAUAUUUUGUGCUUAAAGGCAAAAAGGAUAAGAAUCAUCAGAAUAAAAAGUGACUUUAUUAUGAGAGCACUGAUAGGUGGGGGGAUACUUCUAAUCGCGGAACCAUGUGUGAGCUACAUCAGGGCGCACGGACGCUUUAAUGUGCCGGACCUCGUCUCCCAGCAACAGCCAUGGGGAAACCGGAAGUGCUUUGAAUGUCAGUGUGCUGGGGCUGUGACCUAGUUUUAUUAAUAAGCAUGGCAGAUCUGACACUGUAACAGCCUGACUGCAAGGAAGGUAAGUUGUGAUGGCCUCUAGGGGGUUAGUCACCUAAUAGGAAGAAUGUGGGAUGAAUAGUGUGUUAUGGUUUCAUUCACACCAUGAUAAAUAAGGCUGCCAGCUGUACCAUGUGUUUCUGGACACAUUAUCACUUGCUCAUGUUGUCAUGCUGCUGUAUGAAGAAUUCAUAUGCUGCAGGAUCCCUAGGGAUUUCUCAUUUACAUUCCCAUAAUGCAGCAUUUGACCAUUUCAUUCACAGGGCAGCUCUUUUCAUGGGCUGCCCACCAGUAAUUGUAAAUACAUUUUUCCUUUGCCACUUGUCCAUCUUCCUGGAUGAAGUACAGAUCAGAGAGGCUCAUUUGAAAGGAACAAUCCCACCACCAUAACAACUUCAGCUCUUUUGAAGUUGUUAUGGGGGCUGUGGUGUCUUGCCUUCAGGGGUUAAACUGUUUUGCCACAAUUACCCCCAACACUUGAUGCCCCUACCUCCUCACUCCUGGGGGUUGGCUAAUAGUAUCAGGAGGUGAAGAAACAGAUGUGUGUAACACCAUGGGACCAACAUCGGUUUGACCACUGAAUGUAAGAUGCUGCCUAGACACUUCUCUUCCCAUGACAAUUUUGAUGAGCUAAAUUUGUUAUUUAGUGGUAUUGUUCCUUUUAAAUUGUCAGAUAAUGUACCUGCAGCCAGUCCCUGGAUGUCUAUCUACAUGUAACGCAUGCUGUACUUCUCAUGAGAGUAAAAAUAUACACCUCAUCUAAUGACUUGAUGAGGCAACUGUUUGCUAAAUAGCUUUUGUAAACUAUAACUCAAAUUAACCUCAUUCUGUGGCUGGCUGAGCGUUAGUGUUUUAGUCCAAUAUAGCAAAUCAAUAUUUCAAUGGACACAUACAUAAAACAGCACUCAAACUAAUAAGUAACAAACAAACAAACAAACAAACAAGCACUUAAUUAGAUAUUUGCCAGUACUGAAAAGUAAGUGCUGGGCAGAAAAGGGCUGUCUCCAUUAUCUACAGAAGGCAGCUAAUGAAAGGUACAUUUUAGGGCAUAAGAAAUAUGCUUGUGGAAAUUUUAGUAAAUGCAUGUAUUUUUAUCUUUUUUACAAUGAUUAAUUACAUACAUGAAAAUAUGCAUUUUUCAACAUAUAGUUUUAAAUAAGUACACUUGCUUGGAUAAAAUGAUAGGAUUUUGAAGACUUUUUUUGCAACCAAAAAUAUGUUCUAGUAUAAGGGUAGGCAACUUUGGCACUCCAGAUGUUGCAUUGUGGCGGUAAGAGUAUUAUUGGAGACUUAGUUCAUAACAUCUGGAGUGCCGUAGAUAGCCUAACCUUGUUCUAGUGUGUGUUCAGAGCUCCCCUCACAACUUUCUUUUUACUAAAAAUUUGUCCAUAGUAUUCUGAGCCUCUUCUGCUCAUGUGAGGGAGGGCUUUUACAGUGUCUCUUACAAAUACAAAGGACUAAGUGGAGCCCUUUCGGAGGUCAGUCCUAAAACAGAGAAGGCUCUAUUCUGUGUUUUGUUUCCCAUUUAUUUACUUGCGUACAUUACCAGUCCUAAAACUUGCAAUUUUGAGUCCUUUUGGAUUGGCCUAAAUCAGGCUUCCCCAAACUCUGGCCCUCCAGAUGUUGCUGAACUACAACUCCCAUGAUUCUAUGAAUGAAAUAGGCUGGGAAUCAUGGGAGUUGUAUUUCAACAACAUCUGGAGGGGCAGAGUUUGGGGAAGCCUGGCCUAAAUAGUCAGUAAUGCCUAAAUAUAACUAGAUUUUACAGGAAAAAGCACACAAAAUUAUUAAGUGCAUAAUUUAAGUAGUAAUAAUAACAGCAACACUAUCUUGCUUUAAAGAAAGAUCAACUUAUGCAAAAUCAUUACUGUCUCUUUAAAUAAACUGAUAUGAAACCGUGAGAAAGAUCAAAUAAUAUACAAUGUAGAAAAUAUAUCUUUAAUCAGAACGGAGACGAUUCUUUAACUCUACAUUUACUUACAGUAACCAUGGCUGUUAAGAUAUUCUUUCCCACCUGCUGUUCGGCAGCAGAAAAUGGACUUCUUAUUGGACGCUGGAUGGAAGAACAUCAGUCUGCAGUUGUCCUGGCGAUCCUUCACUUUCCAUUCAUCCCUGGCAAUGUGAAAAGGUAUCUGGGUCAUCUGGAGCAAGUGACAGGCCAGAGCCUUUCAGUUCUGGGAACGUGGAGCAACAGCAAAGCAGAGAAGAAUGAGCAGAUGGAGAACUUUCUUGGAGACCUUAGCAGCAUAUUCGCACAUCGGCCCUGGUUAAGGAUGGCCAGAGAGGCAUCAAGCAAAUUCUGGGACUGCAGGAUUGAGGGACAGGGUGAUGGGGCAGACGUAGAGAUGGUUCUUGUGUACUACGAUCAGCGUAAACUAAUGCUGUCAGAGCUGCACAAUGUAGCUGAGCAUUCUGAGAUUACCACUGUGUUUGACACUGUUGCACGGAAUCGGACGCUGUUUGCCCGGGACAAGUAUGACGAAGGGCCAGUAAAAUUAACACACUGGCAGUCCGAGGGGGUGGAAGCCAGUAUUAUUGUUGAGCUGUGCAAGCAAGCAUCCGUGCCUGCGUGUGCUUUCUUAUCAUUUCUCCUUUCAUUGAUCACCUACGUCACCCGGUAAGGAGUAAGAUUCUGCUUGUAUUACAUGCAGGAAAAAAAGUAGUUCUUGUAAAAAUAUUUUAGUGCGUUUUAAAAGGGAGAAUAUAUCAAGCUGGGAGAAAUUUUGAAGAUAAUAGACUAGUUACUGGCCAAUUCUCAGUUUGUGAAGCUAAGCUAAAGUGCUUCAGAAAAAGACACAAUACAAAGUACUGGUCAGAUAGGGACACAUACACGCAGGGUUAUAGAUUAAACAUAAAUACAUUAUAAUAUAGGCUAAAAAAAAACCACAAAACUGGAAAAACUUCCCUUUUGAAUUGAAAAUGGGAGUGAGAUUUCUCCUUAGAUGAACGAGCUGUUACCCCACACAUAAGUUAUUAUAUUCUUGAAUAUUCUGCUUUUCCAGAGAAGCAUCCAGAUGUUGCUAAAAAUCUGUACCGAAUCUAGUACAGCAUUCUCUUUAAAUAGAGACUUUCUCCCUAUUAAUGUUCAUAUUGAAGGGGACCCUAUAGUAUUAAAGUGCAGGGUUUAGUGAAUAACCCUCCUAAUGUGUUUUGUGCUGUCUCUCUCUGGAACACUCCUAGUUUCAAAGCCUGGGAAUUGCUUCACACUAAGUUCCUUUAUAUUCUCCUAGUUGCCUUUGUGUUUUCUAUAUAUAACAUUGUACAUGUUUAACUUUUUUUUUUUGUGUGUGUGUGUGAUUCUUCUUUUGUGAAAGUGUAAAGCUGUGCCUUUUUAAUACUCACAGCAAUUCUGCCAUACAAGUGGCAGACUAAAGGUCUGUGUUUUUUUUUCUCUCCGUUAGAACAAAAGACUCCUUCCUUUAUUUCUUUUUUUCUAUGUAGUACAACUGCUAACCAUAUCGACCUCCACUGUUUCAGGGUUUUAGGGGGGAAGCCUCUCUCCUUCCUAUGGAAUAAACUGUCAGUUUGUGAGCAGUUGGGGAAACGACUAGACAGCCUUCGACUGAUCAGCAGCUCUAAGACGGCACAGGACCACAAUCUUUUCAUGAGGUCUCAUGUCGUUCCACCCUUUAUUUAUGUCUGCUCUGAGAUAUACACAAUGUACACUUGUUGGCAUUGCAUUAAUCACUUUUUUAACACACACAAUUUCUGACAACCAACAUUCCCUGCUAUUUAUGGGUACAUAACCCAGGUCGUGCAUACCCUAGUCCACUGAACUGCUGCACAGGGUUUCUGAUAUAGCUGUUAAUUCUGUGAAGAUACCGAUGGAGUAUAUCACAGCAUGGACAGUCUGUAAGAUCCGUCCAGAUCCAUGCUGUUAGUGCCUAUUGGUCAGACGAUCGUCUUUCAGGUGAUGAUCCCAGUCAUUAAACACAAGAAACCACAAAUGGGAAAUGCUACCUACAGCAUGCAUUACUUUAUAAUGAAGUUGUUUAAAUAAUUCCAAAAUGUACAAAGUACUCAAAAAUUAGUUCACAAACACACAAAAUACAAAUCUUAACGCUUUUAAGGCUACAGUUUAUUAGUUAGUUUUGCUUCCAAUUCACUAUUGUUUGCUAUUUCUUGAAUAAACCACCUUGACUAUAGUUAAGUGCUAGUCUUAGUCUAAACUUUGUAACUUUCAAGUCACUAUAAUUCUGUGUUGGCGAAUUAAUCCUUUUGUCUUCGCUAAAGGACUAGCGAGUCCAAAACGUGAAUUUCUUAUUUAGUACACACAUUAACAUAAGCACACGUCUAAUUUUUGAUUCUGUUGUGCAAUAUCCUUUACAUUUGUGUUUAACAGACACAGGGGGCAUUACAUAUUAAAACCAGUUUGUACACUUUAUUAGUUUGCCUUUAAUGUCUGCCUGUAGUUUGUAAAACUAAAGUUGAUUGAGGAGAUCCAUCAUUUUCCUCCUCUUUCUUUAUCUAAUUUCCUUUGAUUUACAUCACUAUAAAUGUAUUCAUGUUUUUGAAGGGAAGGUUGACCAUCUGUGAGAUUUCACAUGUACCUCUCAACAGCUUUACAAUACACUCACAUGUCAACCUCUGUCGCUCAGCCUUCACACCUUCCUCUUUAAACACUUCUAACUGCUCUGCCCCUUUAAUCCAUUCAUUCACACAACAAUUAUUUGUCCCCUUUGCCUCCAUUCUUUGUAGUCCUAGUCCUCACUUCGCUGUUUGCCGAUUAUUGUAAGGCGUCUGCUCAUUAAUCCACAGGAAAGCCAACACCUUUGUAUCACUACUGCUCGAUGUUGUCCUAGGGGUCGUGCUGAUGUCCUGGCUGUACAGGGGGAACCACAUUGGUCAGCUGGCCGAUGCACUCAUACCUGUUGCAGAUGUGAGUUCUCAGUCCUCUCACCCCCAUGACAUUUUAUUGAAUUUUACAAACAGUUACGAAGAUAUUGAUCUAUAGUACCAUAGAGAGUCUUUUAGAUGCAUUAUAUAUGGGAAAUGGUCCCAUUUGGUUGGUGGAAAGCAAUUACACCAUAGAAACAAUUUGCAAAUGGGUAAAAAAAUGAGACCAUAACCGUGCAUGGGGUAGAGAGGUCACUCCACAUCCAUAGAUGGAAUUGUGUCUCUUAUACAAUGGCCUCCAAUUUUCCCAUUUCUAAAAAAUCAUCUUGCAAAUUGUCCAGUUUUCUGUCUAGUCACCUAUACUCCUAGUCUCUGAUAAUAAAUACCAUGUGUUCAGCCCAGCCUUGCUGACUAUUUAGGGAGCAGCAUUUCACAUAUUUAAGUUGUGACUAUUUGUUUAUGGGGAGGGGUAGGCUCCAUGACAUUGUAUGCGGAAAUACAGGCCUUUCAAAAAAAACGAGCAACCCCAAAAGUACCCCUGAAUUCAAUAAUUUAAAGCCACAUUUUUUUCCAUAUGAAAAUUUCCAUUUAACUCUGCUGAUAAGCUGUAUAUUAAUCUGGCAUAUUUUCACUAUUUUCCUGUUAAUCUAAUUUUCUUUACCUUUCCCAAUAUUUGCAGCAUGUAGCACUGGAACUGCAGGGACUGCUGCAAUGGCUUAUGGGAGCCCCGGCUGGUUUGAAGAUGAACCGAGCUCUGGAUGAAGUAUUGGGUCGCUUUUUCAUGUACCACAUCCAUCUUUGGAUCAGUAAGCUGCAGUAUCUUCCUGUUUGCUAAAUAGUUAACCCCUUGAGUACCGGUGAUGGUUUAUAAAUCCAUGACAAUCUCACUUCUAAGAAACCUAUUCCAAAAUGGAAUGCCUUAUUCAGUCAUGAACAAAAGGGAUGAAAAAUAAGCAGGCCGAUCCACACUUGUAAAAUGUCGAUAGGGAGAAGAUUUUCAUUUAUAGAUCUUGAAAAAAAAUUCACAAUGCUUUGCAGUAGGGAUCUAAAAACAACAAACCAGUAAACACAAACUAAAAGUGAAGUGGGUUCUGUUCACACAACCUUACGAUCAAUAAGAAGUAAGGUAAAGAGUCAUGUGUAUUGAAGGGAAGAGAGACAGGAAUGACACCUGCUUCUAUUACUAUAUGUAAUAAAUAUAUAUGUAAACUAUACUGCAGAAAGUCACUUAUAGGUAGUCACCAGGUAAAUGUAGUCCCUUGAUUUUAAUGCAGAUUGGUCAGAUACUUACAAGGUUAUUCACUAAUGUAAUGUAAGUCACUUUGUUUAUGCAGCCCUAGCCACACCUCCCCUACUUGUGACUCUCACUUCCUGAAAGGGAGUCCAAGUAUUUUAGCUUUCCUUAUUGCGUUGUGUUUACUUUAGAAUGUCUUCUCUCCUCCUGCUCUGUUAAUUGACUGCUAGAGCCUGCAACAGUCUCCUGUGUGUGAUUAAAGCUCAAUUUAUAGAGAUAAGGAGGAGAUAAGAAUUUCUAGUAAACACACUGUGCUGUAAGAUCUGACUUUUUUUUUUCUCAUGAAGGCUGUGUGUGUCACAGCAUGGGGAGGUGUGGCUAGGGCUGCAUAAACAAAAACAAGUGAUUUAAUUCUUAAAUGGCAGAACAUUGAGCGGAGAGACUUCAGGGGCAUGAUGUAUACACCAAAAUUGCUUCAAAAGGCUAAAGUUGUUUUGGUUUCCUGAGAGAGGAUUCACUAAACCUAGGCACACAGAUACAACAUAACUCAUUACACCUCUUCAUUUACAUGUUUACAUUUGUAUCUAGCAGAUGCACUGGGCAAUACAUAUUUAAAUACAGUUUUACAAAGGUGAAACUAUGAAUAUACAGAUUAUUUAGGUAGGGACUUGGCUUAAAUAUUAAAGGACCACUAUAGGCACCCAGACCACUUCAGCUUAAUGAAGUGGCCUGGGUGCCAGGUCUAUCUAGGAUUAACCCUUUCUGCUGUAAACAUAGCAGUUUCAGAGAAACUGCUAUGUUUACCUAUGGGUUAAUCCAGCCUCUAGUGGCUGUCUCAUUGACAGCCGCUAGAGGCACUUCCGCGCUUCUCACUGUGAUUUUCACAGUGAGAAGACGCCAGCGUCCAUAGGAAAGCAUUAAGAAUGCUUUCCUAUGGACUGGCUGAAUGCUUUGGACUGGCUGAAUGCGCGCGGCUCUUUAAAGAAUAUGCCGGUAUUUUUCUUUUGUUAAUUGAUAUGUUGUAGGCAUCAUGUAUUUCCUUAUUUGCGAAGAAAUUAACUAUAGAGAAAAUUCGGGGAAUCCUAGAAACAAAGUUGUCAGAAAAUGUAACAAAUCAGCCACAAACGAAAGAAACCGAAGAUUAAAAUAAAAUAAAAGAAUAUUACCAUCUUUAAAAUGUUAUGGUAGUGUAAAACCAUUGACAAUACAAUACAUUAGAACUUCUAAAUCUGAUCUCAAACACACAAACUAUAUUAUCACUACCCCAUCAUGUAUUUGAAAUUUAGCAGAUGGUAAAUCUCCCACUCUUAAUUAAAUAAUCAAGUGUAGAGGGUUCAUCUCUGUUCGUGACCGGGGUAAAGGUUAAAUAAGGAAGACAUAAAUAUAGAGAUAUAAUGCAAUGGGUAGAUUUUAUAACAAUAAUAAUAAUGUAAUUGUAUACUUUAUCUAGUCAUGCAGUGACUUUUAUAUUUAACCUUUUCAUUAUGCGCUACUCGUUUUAUUUUGUCCAGGUUACAUUCGCCUCAUGUCUCCUUUCAUUGAAGUCAUCCUGUGGUACAUUGGACUUUCUGCUUGUCUUGGGCUGUCCGUGGCUCUGUCAAUCCUGUCUGAUAUUAUAGCCCUUCUCACAUUUCAUAUAUACUGCUUCUAUGUAUACGGAGCACGGUGAGUGCCCAUUGCUGUCAAAGAGCUGAAUUGUGGAGUAAUCUUGUCUGCUACCUGCAUAUCUGUUUUACAGGUGGCAUUCCACAUAUACAUAGCUGAACUACUUAUUCCUAUUACUGUUUAGACAUUAAUUUGCUAAGAAUGCUAAUGAAAGGAGCACACUUUCAGCCAAUUUCAGUAAUCCACACUAGGAAGAAUGGCUGGAUUAGUGCUCACUACUGUUGUUCUCUAUGUAACCACUAGAUGUCACUGUUUUACAGAGAUAUGCAAGCUUUUAUGCUAAACGUAAACUUUAAUUCUUUGUGAGAUUAAAGUUGCUCUGCAACCUAUUUUGCAAAGACCCCUGAUGGUGACAUCUCCGUGGGGUGCAAGGGAAGGUAGGUUUUAUUGUAUAUUUAUUUAUACGGCCCUUGCCACACUUCCCCUGGCUGUUACUGACAAAGGCUGCAUGAGAACAUACAUACAAUAAAAUUACAUACGGAAGGCUCCUGCAUGGUCACGCAAGCUAUUAACAGAGCAGAAGAUACGAAUUUCUAAAUAACACAGAAUUUGCAAUAUAGGAAGUGGUAAGCAUUAGAUGACUCUUUACAGGAAGUGUUUGGGAAGGCUGUGUAAGUCACAUGCAGGGAGGUGUGACAAGGGCUGCAUAAACAAAGUGAUUUAACUCCUAAAUGUCAGAGAAUUUAGCAGUGAGACUGCAGGGGAAUGAUCUAUAUACCAAAACUGAUUACUUGGUCUAAAGUUGGUUUGCUGACUAUAUAGUGUUCCUUUAAACUAUGAGCGAAAUAUAUUGCCUGUUUCAAGAUUGUGCAUACUACAUUCCCAAUAAAUAGCUGUAUGUAUGUCUUUAAUUACUAGUUCCCAGUAACUGCUUAAUAUGACUGUAUGUUGGGUUCUCCUAGCCUAGUAUUCACAAAUAUGUUUUAUUAACCCCUUCCAGACCGAGGACGUACUAGGUACAUCCGACAAAAACGGUUCUUAAGGACUGCAGAUGUACCGAGUACGUCCUCGCAGUCCCUCUUACUUACCCGAUCGCCUGCGAUCGGUGUUCCUCCCUGUUGGGGGGGACUGUCUGACAGCCCAGACAGUCCCCCAUCGGCUAAUAAGGCCCCUGCGUGCCAUUUGAUCACUUUGAAAGAGCGGUCAUAUGGCCGCGAUAGGUGUCCAUAGUGCUGCCUGCAGGUGGACUGCCUGAACUGACAGGCAGUCUCUGUGCAUCUGUAAAAUAAAAAAAAAAUGUUCAAGGAAAAAGACCCGCCAGGGUCGAAGCGUCGAUUGAUUUUUUUUAAAAAAAUUUUUUGUACAUUUCACAUGGAAUAAUUAAAAUGUACUUUUUUUCACUUCAACUGUGAGUGCAUCCUGAUUUUGGAUUAUUGUAUAUUUCUGGUGCAUAGGAUAUAGCACCCAGGCAUUAAGUCUCUAUUUAUCACUAAAAGGAGAGUGCCAAGCAUCUAUUUUGUUGAGAUAGAGAUAUAUAUAUAUAUAUAUAUAUAUAUAUAUAUAUCUCUUAUAUAAUGUCAUACUAAGUGUAUUUUUUUUUUAUUAAUAUAUACAUAUAUUAAUAUAAAAAUACACUAAGAGUAAAAUUACACACGCACGUGUGUGUGUAUGUAUGUGUGUGUGUGUGUGUAUGUGUAUAUAUAUAUAUAUGUGUAUAUACAUAUAUAUAUAUAUAUAUAUAUAUAUAUAUAUACACAUAUACAGUUGCAAGAAAAAGUAUGUGAACCCUUUGGAAUGAUAUGGAUUUCUGCACAAAUUGGUCAUAAAAUGUGAUCUGAUCAUCAUCUAAGUCACAACAAUAGACAAUCACAGUCUGCUUAAACUAAUAACACACAAAGAAUGAAAUGUUGCCAUGUUUUUAUUGAACACACCAUGUAAACAUUCACAGUGCAGGUGGAAAAAUUAUGUGACCCCUUGGAUUUAAUAACUGGUUGAACCUCCUUUGGCAGCAAUAACUUCCACCAAACGUUUCCUGUAGUUGCAGAUCAGACGUGCCCAACGGUCAGGAGUAAUUCUUGACCAUUCCUCUUUACAGAACUGUUUCAGUUCCGCAAUAUUCUUGGGAUGUCUGGUGUGAAUUGCUUUCUUGAGGUCAUGCCACAGCAUCUCAAUUGGGUUGAGGUCAGGACUCUCUCUGGGCCACUUCAGAAGGCGUUUUUUUCUUCUGUUUGAGCCGUUCUGUUGUUGAUUUACUUCUAUGCUUUGGGUCAUUGUCCUGUUGCAACACCCAUCUUCUGUUGAGCUUCAGCUGGUAGACAGAUGGCCUUAAGUUCUCCUGCAAAAUGUCUUGAUAAACUUGGGAAUUAAGUUUUCCUUCGAUGAUAGCAAUCCGUCCAGGCCCUGACGCAGCAAAGCAGCCCCAAACCAUGAUGCCCCCACCACUAUACUUCACAGUUGGGAUGAGGUUUUGCUGUUGGUGUGCUGUGCCUUUUUUUCACCACACAUAGUGUUCUGUGUUUCUUCCAAACAACUCAACUUUGGUUUCAUCUGUCCACAGAAUAUUAUGCCAGGACUGCUGUGGAACAUCCAGGUGCUCUUGUGCAAACUGUAAACGUGCAGCAAUGUUUUGUUUGGACAGCAGUGGCUUCCUCUGUGGUAUCCUCCCAUGAAAUCCAUUCUUGUUAGUGUUUUACGUAUUGUAGAUUCGCUAACAGGGAUGUUAGCAUUUGCCAGUGACUUUUGUAAGUCUUUAGCUGACACUAGAAUUCUUCUUCACCUCAUUGAGCAGUCUGCGCUGUGCUCUUGCAGUCAUCUUUACAGGACGGCCACUUCUAGGGAGAGUAGCAGCAGUGCUGAACCUUCUCCAUUUAUAGACAAUUUGUAUUACCGUGGCCUGAUGACCAGCAAGGCUUUUGGAGAUACUUUUAUAACCCUUUCCAGCUUUAUGCAAGUCAACAAUUCUUAAUCGUAGGUCUUCUGAGAGCACUUUUGUGCGAGGCAUCAUUCACAUCAGGCAAUGCUUCUUGUGAAAAGCAAACCCAGAACUGGUGUGUUUUUUUUUUAUAGGGCAGGGCAGUUGUAACCAACACCUCCAAUUUCAUCUCAUUGAUUGGACUCCAUUUGGCUGACAUCUCACUCCAAUUAGCUCUUGGAGAUGUCAUUAGUCUAGGGGUUCACAUACCUUUUCCACCUGCACUGUGAAUGUUUACAUGGUGUGUUCAAUAAAAACAUGGCAACAUUUCAUUCUUUGUGUGUUAUUAGUUUAAGCAGACUGUGAUUGUCUAUUGUUGUGACUUAGAUGAUAUAUAUAUAUUAUAAAUAAAUUCUAUGUGCAUACUUAUGUAAUAUUUUUACAUAAUUAAGUAAUUUUAUUGAUUGAUUGCAAUUUGGGGGACCUGCCUGACAACCGAGGCCAAAAGUGCAGAGAAUUUAAUUUGCUAGCACUAUAUUUAACCUUGUAACUUUCCAAGACACCCUAAAACCUGUACAUGGAGGGGUACUGUUUUACUCGGUAGACUUUGCUGAACACAAAUAUUAGUGGUUUUAAAACAGCAAAACAUAUCACCGCGAUGAUAUUGUCAGUGAAAGUGAAGUUUUUUGCAUUUUUCACACACAAACCGGUUUUAUAGUGUUUUUGAAAAGUUACAGGGUGAAAUAUAAGGCUUGAUUUUCUGUUUUUUCACAUUGAAAUUCGCCAGAUUGGUUACGUUGCCUUUGAGACCGCAUGGUAUCUCAGGAAUGAGAAUUACCCCCAUGAUGGCAUACCUUUUGCAAAAUAAGACAACCCAAGGUAUUGCAAAUGGGGUAUGUUUGGUCUUUUUUUUUUUUUAGUAGCCACAAACACUGGCCAAAGUUAGUGUUUAUAAUUAUUUUUUGCAUUUUUAACACACAAACAAAUGAAUAAAUAUAAAUGCUAACUUUUGCCAGUGUUUGUGACUAAGUGGCUACUAAAAAAGACUGGACAUGCCCUGGGUUGUCUACUUUAAAAAAAUAUGUACAUGUGAGGUGUGAUUCAGAGAUUUAUGACAGAUAACAGUGUUACAGUGUCACUAUUGAUAAAUUUUAAAAAUAUAUAUUUUGAAACAGCAAUGUCCUACUUGUACUUAUAGCUCUAUAACUUGCAAAAAAAGAACAUGUUAACAUUGGGUAUUUCUAAACUCAGGACAAAAUUGAGAAACUAUUUAAGACAGGUGUUUCUUGGCGGUUGUAGAUGCAUAACAGAUUUUGGGGGUCAAAGUUAGAAGAGGUUUGUUUUUUUUUAAAAAAAAACAAAAUUUCAGCCAUGGUCCUUCACGGUAAAAAAAAUGGAAAAACCAUCUUGUCACUAAGGGGUUAAAGGUCUAGCAUCCACAAUUCCCUGUAUUCUCUUCUAGCUUACUCUGGUGUAUAUGGCACUGUGUUAUUGGAGGAUUUCAGUGUAGCCAAUUACAGGUUAUCCUUAUGGUAUUCCUAAAUUGGAGCCUUCCAAACCCUUGCACUCUGUACAUUCCAAAAUAGAGCAAGUGGUUAUGAGCUACACAGUAAUAACUCUGCAAAAGGUAAACCUAUUUUGCAGCAGCCCAGGAUUAUGACUGAUUGCUGAUAUUAUAUAAAUAGGAGCCAAAUAAAUGUGUUUUCUCUGUUUGUGCAUCAGUGGUUGCCCACCUCAAUCAUUGCACAUUCACAUGAAAAAUGAUAUCUCCAAGAAGUGUACCUUGCUGAAUGCAUGAUGUCCCAUUUCCCGUUUCAGUCUGUAUUGCCUAAAGGUUCACGGACUUGCCUCACUUUGGCGUCUCUUCCGAGGCAAGAAGUGGAAUGUCCUGCGUCAAAGGGUGGACUCCUGUUCUUACGAUCUGGAUCAGGUAUAUUCGCUUCCAUUGCCCUUGUAUGUUAAAAGCAGGUAGUAAUUUUCAUUCGUAGAGGCAAGUGUAAGAGACAAAACCACAAACCGGAUAUACUUCUUUAUAAUUACGUUCAGUGUUAACUUGUAUCCUGAAGUCUAUUUUUACAGCCUCACAGGAUCCCUGGUCAUAGUUUGUAGCAGGGGGGCUAUCAUACGCAGUGAAUAGAAACAUAGAAACAUAGAAUGUGACGGCAGAUAAGAACCAUUCGGCCCAUCUAGUCUGCCCAUCUAGUCUGAAUGCAUUCCCACAUCCACCAUCACAUGUGCAAAAUGUACAUUAUGUUGGUGCAUAGCCAGGGCUGGGGACUAAAACCAGAACAUCAGGAAAACAGACAAUGUCGAGAGGUUUUACAGUACACAUAUCCAACAGUCUGCAAGAGAAAAACAUCUGCGUAGACACAUUUUGCUAACACGAUUCCAUUUCUAAUUCUUUUUGUACCCAUAUACGUAUCUGGUGUCUCAUCAAUCCUGGCUUUUCAAAUCUACUGUAUUAGUUUGAUUCCAACUAAAUUGUAUUAAUUCCCCCCAUUCAGUUUUCCCAGUGCUGAGACUUUAUAAGUGCAGUAUCUGAAUUAGAACAUUUCCAGCAGGUUAUGGCUUCUCGUUGGUGAUCAAUGUUAGGAAUGUUGUGUGUGUUUGUUUGUGCUUGUGUUUGUAACCGAUUGUUUUUAUGUUUUAAACAGCUGUUUCUUGGGACAUUGCUGUUCACAAUCCUUCUCUUUCUGCUUCCAACUACUGCCCUGUAUUACCUGGUAUUCACCCUGGUACGUAGACCGGCAGGUUCAAGACCUCAAUUCUGUGGCCACGUGCAUGUUAUAGGACAUGAAUUCUACCCAGAGAAUUACAUUAUACUGAACCAAUUGAUAUGUAAACAUUUCAAAUUUACGUUUGGAUUAAAUUGAAACAAAUCAGAUACAUAGUGCUGGCAGCUGAUUACAUUCAAAAUCCUAGGGUCAAAUAUUUACCAAGUCUUCUAAAGCCUGAUACAUUGUACUGCACAUUUCAUUUAAAGGGAUUCUCCAGUGCCAGGAAAACAAACCAGUUUCCUGGCACUGUAGAAUCCUGGAGUGCCCCCCAUCCCAAGUCACUGAAGGGGUUAAAAUCCCUUUUGUCACUUACCUGAAUCCAGCACUGGGUCAGUUUCCGCCCACGUUCCUCCCCCGCCGGCAAGGGAGACCUAAUGUGCAUGCGUGGCAAUGGCCGCUCGCGCGCAUUAGACCUCCCCAUAGAAAAAUAAUUAUUCAUUGCUUUGCUAUGGGGAUUUAGGCAACGCUGGAGGUCCUCAUGCAUAGCGUGAGAAUGUCCAGCGUCGUUUAGACGUCCAAAAGUGGUCUAAGAACCCGGAAGUUGACAGUAGACAGCCACUAGAGGAGGACUUAACCCUGCAAGGUAAAUAUUGCAGUUUAUAAAAACUGCAAUAAUUACACUUGCAGGGUUAAGGGUGAUAGGAGUUGUCACCCAGACCACUUCAGUGGUCUCGGUGCCUACAGUGUCCUUUUAAUAUUUAGUUGUCCUUUGACUUGGUGCUGUGUAGAAAGUACUGCAAUGAGCCAAUCAAUUCUUUUAACAGUUAAUAUCUUAAGUAGGGACUGAUGCAGAUCCUAAAAUUCCUGAAUAUACAUUAUAGAAGUAGUGUGACUGUAAGCUGUGCCUAAAGUGGUAUUAGCUGCCUUACAGAUGAGGCCUGUGAUAGGCCAAUCCAGCUGAUCUGAUUUUGUUUUGACCUAUCUUGUGCAGAGAGGACCUGUUGGCAUUUUGGUUCUAGUUGGCCCUUGUGGGCGGGAUCAUUCUGAUAUGCAAAUGAUACAGGUUUUCUUCUGGACUGGCGCAAUAGAAUAACUAUAUAACUAUUGUCAUGUCAGGGUAAUUCACUAACGUGUAAAUGGUCAGGGAAGCAAAGUAAAUUCUACCCUAGAAUUGAAAACAUAGCUGACUUCUUUCUUUUUCCAAUUUGCCUCUUGUGGCCUAAACGUUUUAAAAGUCAUGGUGAAGAAUGCGAUCUGUGUUGACUAUACAUAAUACAGCCAAUUGUUCUAAACAGAUCUAUAGUACAGUAAAAUAUAUUAAUCAUUUAUUUGAAGAUGUUAGAUACAAACAUACAGUUCCUGAAUAGAUCAGACCGUUACGUUGAGAAUAGAGAAAUCUUGUGAGGAAUUCGACAUAGAAGGAGGAUCUCACUUUUUUCCUUUUAACAGUUACGGCUACUUGUGGUCCUAGUUCAAGGUGUUAUCCAGAUGAUCAUUAAUCUGCUGAACUCGCUCCCUCUCUAUGCCCUUGUAUUGCGACUCUGCAGAUCCUACAGAUUGGCAGGUGAGUAACUCCGAACAUGUAACGCUAUCUCGCCCCAGCUGGGGGGAUCUUGUUUUCCAUAAUUGCAUAUUAGACCCCUCACUGCCAAGCGAUUUGCCAAAUAAAACCCCACUAAAAAGCAGGUUUUGUUUUAUGGAAAGGAGUGUGUUUUUUUUGUACACAUAGAUAACACAUUGUUUCUCCUUAUACUGAACGGGUGCAGGGCCUAUUCUGGAAAUCUUUUGAUCUCUCUGCUGCCCGAUGCAGCGACCGAGUGCCCAACUUAUAGAGAUAUACAAAUUUGCAGAAUUCAUUUGCAGUGAAUAAAUGUUUCUUGCAUUGUUGAAAUCAUGUACACCAGAUUCUUGUGCAUGGGAGAUUAUAUUGAUAAGCGUUCAUAUUGAACAUGUCGGCAAAGCACUAACAAUGUGAUGUUACCACUUUCAGCUGGGGUUAAAUUCCGAAUGCUGCUACAAGAAGAAGGGAAAAGUCUAAGACUCUUGAUGCAGGUAAAAAUGUAACUCCGAGUUUUAAUCUGUCCAGUCUAUAAUAGUUAUUAUUCCAUUUCCAUAUAUAUCUAGUACUACUUAAAUCUUCUACGAGCCAUUGUAAUGUUUUGAUAACAGUGACCGUGCUUGCUUGAAAUCAUUAAUAAAGUGAAAAAUUAUUAAUUGUGCUCCUGCAGAUCAACCCUUUGCCAUAUGGAAAUGUACUGCAGCAAUACAAGAUUCCAGCCGGUAAAUUCUACCCCAAAGAUUCCUGGGGUUCAUUGUGCAAGAAGCUGUUCAUCGGGGAACUUAUUUACCCCUGGAGGCAGGAAAGAGACAAGCAGGACUGA